GAGAUAAGAACAUAUUGAAUGUAUGAUGCACAACUUUUACUUUUUUUAAGCAAUUUUAGGUUAAAGUGAACAUCAAUAGUAGCCAGGCUGUCACCAAAGGCAAAAUAUAAAAAUGAUGAAAUCAUGAUCAGCUGAUAUACAGUCAUGUACUGUAAUCUGUGUCUGACUGAUCCCAAACGAUAAACCAGGCUAGCGUAAAAGCAUUCGCACCGUUCCCACAUAUAGUGUUACUGUAUAUAGUUGGACUUUCUCGACUCUGUAUUGUCAAUACUUUAGCUGCUGUAUGCGUGUACGUUCUCUAUAAUAAGAAUCAUUUCUAGACUUGGAAAUAAUAUUGCAGUUUGAGGACACGAGGAGUUGUUGUCCCAUGACAAAAGACACAGGUCUUGCUCCUCAAUUGUGUUUGCUGCCCUCGGAGAAGGUUGUCUUUUUCCAAAAAAUAUCACCCAUACUCGCUUGUUUAGACGUUGAGUCCGUGGAUGAACAUGUUACUUAAUACGUAAAACACUUUUUGUCCAAUCGUUUUUUACUUUACAUCAUUUUAUUGAAGAAACGAGUGAGGAAUCUCCUUGAGUAACGCUGCUCACGCCGGUGUGGAGGUGAAGUUUAGCAGCUCUGCAGAGCAAAUGCAGGAGGCACAUGACUUUUAAACACCUUCAAUGUGGAAAUAAACACGUGUGCUAUGCACUGAAAUAAUUUUCAGUGAUGCAAGUGUUUUCAUUGUGAAUUUUUGCCGUUUGAAGUGUGCGGAGAAAACACAAGUAGAGGAGAGGGUGUCGGCGCGCUGUGGCGCAAACUGCUUGAUUGACUCUCCACGGUUCUCACGAUGCAUUUAAAUGCAGCAAUGUACGCGGCCAACGCAUCAGUCCAUUCAUACCCAGACGUCAUGGCAGAAGUAGCACCAGCCCCGGCCACCCCGGCAAAAACGACCAAGAAGAAGGCAUCAAAGCCCGCGAAGAAGAGGGUCGGUCCCAGCAUCAGCGAGCUUAUCGUCAAGGCCGUGGCCGCGUCCAAGGAGCGCAAUGGCGUCUCUCUGGCCUCCCUCAAGAAAUCUCUGGUCGCCUCCGGCUACGACGUGGACAAGAACAGGUACCGCGUCAAGAUCGCCGUCGUCGGCUUGGUGAACAAAGGUACCCUCGUUCAAACCAAGGGCACCGGCGCCUCUGGCUCCUUUAAGAUGAACAAAAAGGCCGAGGGGAAGACAAAGGCGCCCGCCAAGGCUUCAAAGAAGACCCCCACGAAAGCUAAGAAGCCUGCCAAGAAGGCAACUCCGAGCAAGAAGCCCAAAACAACCCCAGCCAAGAAGGCGGCCGCGAAGAAAUCACCGAAGAAACCCGCCAAGGCCUCGACGCCCAAGAAAGCGGCCAAGAAGCCCACCAAAAGCCCAAAGAAAGCGACGGCGUCUAAAAAAGCCCCCGCGGCCAAGAAGACCCCCGCCGCCAAGAAGAGCCCCGCUAAGAAGGUGGCCAAGCCCAAAAGUGUCAAAAAGGCAGCACCCAAAAAGAAGUGAUUUUACACUUGUACUCACAAAAGGCUCUUUUAAGAGCCACCCCACCACCUUUAAAGAGCAAACAUUCUUUCACGAGUUGCAUUUGGAUAGAUACGUCAUAACUAAAACUCGUGUUUAAAAGGAUCACACAAUCGUGAAAGGGAUAAAUUCCCAUUUUCAUUUCAGACUGACAUCUUGUUGUGACACCAGUAGUCGCUAGGUGGUGCAAGUGUUCCAUUUACAUACACGACUGUUUUAUCGCAAGUGGAAAAAGGCGUCAUCUUUAUGGGACCCCGGACAUGCAGAGUGUAAUGUACGUCAAUGUAUCUUGCACACGCACGAGUCUUUCAGAA